UUGAAAUUUUAAAAUAUUUUCCAACUGAGCCUCCAAACAGACUCCAUGCACCCGCGCUCCACCGUAUAAAUUACGCAAACUCGGAGCGUUUUUGGUCACCGGAGUUGUUCAUUUUCUCGACUUCCAAACAGCAUAUCUGCAGCAGAAGCGGCAGCCAUGGCUUCUUCUUCUUCAUCGUCGUCGUCGUCGUCGUCGUCGGAUGGCUUUCGUGUAGGCUAUGCUUUUCCCCCAAACAAAGAGCGUAAUGUGAUUCGUCCAUCUCUGAUUGACUACGCAAAGCUCCAUGGCGUCGACCUGGUCCGCAUCGAUCUUCAAACGCCGAUUCUCCACCAAGGUCCGUUUCACUGUAUCAUACACAAGAUGUACGACGAUGCUUGGGUGGAUACACUUCAGGAUUUCGCCUCGAAGAAUCCGGACGUUGUUGUUGUGGAUCGGCCGGACCGGAUCGAGCGACUCUACAACAGAGUAUCGAUGCUGGAUGUGGUGAAUCAGGUGAAGGUUUCAGACAGCGGCGUGAAGAUCGAGGUGCCGAAACAGGUCGUUUUGAAUCGGAAGGAUGGAGUAAUCGAUUUGAUUAGGGAUUUGGAGGUGAAAUUUCCAGUGAUUGCGAAGCCGUUGGAGUCGAAUGGAAGCGCGAAAUCGCACGAAAUGUCUCUGGUUUACAAUCGACGCGGAUUCAAGGAUUUGGAAACGCCAGUGCUUCUGCAGGAAUUUGUGAACCACGGCGGGGUAAUGUUCAAGGUUUACGUCGCGGGAGAGCAAUCGGUGUGCGUGAAGAGGAAAUCGCUGCCGGAUGUGGUGGAAACAGAGGAGGAAUUGGAGAAAAAAACAGACGGCGCGAUGAAGUUUUCGCAGAUAUCUAGGGCAGAGGAAAAGAGCGAAAAAUGCAAUUGCGGCGGAAAGAAGGAGGCGGCGGCGGAGGAGGAGAUCGAAAUGCCGCCGGAGAAGGUAGUGACGGAGGUGUCGAGAGGGCUGAGGGAAGCCAUGGGGAUUAGGCUGUUCAAUUUCGACAUGAUUAGGGAUCGGAAUGGAACGUACUACGUGAUCGACAUAAAUUACUUACCAGGAUUUGCAGUGCUGCCGGAUUACGAGGCAUUUCUGACGAAAUUCUUCAACGAAGUUAUGCAGAAGAAGGUGGUGGAAGAGGAGAAUUCCGCCAUGGAAGACGAGAAAGCAAAACCACGGUGCUGCUGUUUCCAUGAACGUGAAAGUCAAGCCUCCACGUUUGAAAACGACUUUUGUUCACGUGUGCUGAAUUAGCAAUCCAAACAUGGACAAAAGCUUGAUGGAAUAGUUUAACCUUUUAAGUAUGGAGCCACCAUCCAUCAAGCUAUACAAUAUCAAAGGUAAAUUAGGUUCGUUUUACGAGGGAGAAAGACUACGAUGUCACCUUAAAUACACAUAAACGUACUAAAGAUGAUGUGCCAAAUCUUGCUUAGACGACGGUGAUGUAAACUCUAGUUUCAUGACCUUCGUCGCGAAGUCAACCGUAUCUUACCUUUAUCUAAAAUAAAUAAAAAUAACUCUAGUUUCAAACGGUA